AUGGACGAGAUCCUCGCGGCAUGUCCUGCCGUAAAGCCACCACCACCAGCUGAACCUGUCGAACCCUCCAUGGGCCAGAAGCUCGAGCAUGCGGUGGCUGAGCUCAAUCGCCUCCAGAAACACCAAGCCAAAUUGGCCAAGCAGCUCAAGCGCGCCACCGAGUACCGCAAUCACGUACUCCACAAAAUCAGCGAGAACGUGGCAGACCUGGCGGAGGCCAAGCGUAUAGUCCGAGAGGCCAAGGCAGAAGUUGGUGGAGAUUGUGUGGGCGCAGCGGAGCAAGCCAAGAAGAACGACGACGCCGAGGAGGACAUCCCCGCCCUGUCCGAAGAAGAGCUGGCAAUGCUGGAUGAUAAGCAGAAGGAUGAACAUGCGAAGAUCCAGGCUGAGUUCCAGCAAUCCAAGCAACACCUCACGGCAAAGAAGGAGGCAGUCCAGAACGCGAAGAAGGCGAUCGAAGCGGCCAAGCGCAUCCAGACCACGGCAAAGGCCUGCAAGAGGCGCAAGGGCGACGACGGGAACCUCGUGGACAAAAAGGAUCCUGCAAGCGAGCCAGCAGGUGUCGCAGCUGCUGAGGACGGUACUGCAACACCGGCUGAUCCCGAAGUCCAGCUCGCCAGCCAGUUCGACCUCACCAACGACGAGCAGAUCCAGCCUUACCUUGCGCAGCUGGCUCGCAUCAAAGGCAGAGCCAAGAAGACGGCAUGGAUCGACGAUGAGAUGAACUACAUCACCGAGAGGGUCUCUGUUCAGGCAGGUGACCAGAACUACUCGGAGCACUUCGACGAGACGAAGCCCACCGUCAAGAUCUUCGUGGCCAACUGCACGCAGUACAAUGAGGCCGCCAAGAAGCUCAUGGAGGACGUGAGGGUGAGGGAAUACGACCUGGUCGCCUGCAAUGAGCACCACCUUCGCGGGCCAGCGGCGGAGAUAGAGGCGAGCAGGCUCAUGCAGGAUGGGUGGCGUUCCCACGGCACGUGGACCCCAGCGAGGCAGUCACCGCGCUCGACGAACGGCACAUUGGGAGGCGCAUGCAUACUCAGACGGAGGCAUCGUGAUACACGCAUUCACCUGCCAGAUGCACAGGGCCACAGCAUAUACGCCAAGGAGUUCUACGACACUUCUGUGAUCAUGUGGAGGCUCAAGGGCCAACAUAUUGCAUUCAUCACCGUGUACCUCACCGCCUCGAUCGGGUUCGCAGGCGAGAACAUCCGCAAGAUGAAGCAUCUCAUGCAGAUCACGCGCAGCCUGGGUAACACUCCUUGGAUUGCUUGCGGUGACUUCACCUAUGCGCCACAGGAGUUCGAGGCGACGCCAUGGUUAACGCUCCUCGGCGGCAUGAUUGCC